GGCACUCGAGACAAAGCAGGAGAUAGAAGCAGGACAAGAAGCAGCACACGACUAGCAGCUCCAGCCCAGUACCGCAAGAGCAAGAACAAAGAGCAAGAGCAGGAGCAGGUAACAGUUGUUGGUCCUUGUUUUGAAGAACAAGACUCACGAUGGCGCUGUUCAAGAAGAAGGGCAAGGACGGGAAGAAGGGAGUGGACCGGUACAUGGACAUGGUGCAGCUUGUGGUGGAACCGGACCUUGCGUUUGUGACAGCGAUUACCAACGCAUGCCAUGUCUCCAAGCAGGCGGCGAUUCUGGACUCGAUCGUGUACAUCAUGGAGCGGCAGGAGAAGACGAUCGAGAUCAUCAAGCACGGCAUCACGCAGACGGUGAAGGAGACGCAGGACGGCGGAACGCUGUUCCGCGAGAACACGACGGUGACCAAGCUGAUGACGGCAUACGCCAAAACAAUAGGCAAGAAUUACCUGGUCAACACGCUCAAGCGGCUGGUGACGCUGCUGUUCUCGUCGACCGAGGGCUUUGAGGUGAACCCAGCCAAGGCAGACCCGGACGAAGACCUUGUGGAAAACCUCAACAACCUGAUGGACUGGUGCGAGCGGUUUGUGGAGCAGAUUGUGCAGACCGUCGACGCGGCGCCGAUCCAGUUCCGCGAGAUCUGCCAGCAUCUGCAGGUGGAGACGGCGCCCAAGUUCCCCAAGUCGCAACACAUGGUUGUGGGCGGCUUUAUCUUCCUCCGCUUCUUCUGCCCGGCUAUUCUCUCGCCGCAGCAGUCGGGCCUGGCCAACGACCUGCCGACGCCCGAGCAGCGUCGCCGUCUGGUCCUGGUCGCCAAGGCGCUGCAAAACCUGUCCAACGGUGUCCAGUAUGGCUCCAAAGAGGCGUACCUCAACGCCAUGAACGAGUUCUUCGACGACUACCAGGGCAUCCUCUACAACUACUUUGACGCCAUGGCCACCCUUCCGGACUCGCAUGUCGUCUCGUCGGCCCCAACCUCGGGCCUCGUCCAGCUCGAGGACUCGGACCUGCCCUCGCUCCACUCGCUGCACAAGUUUGUCUACGAGUCCAAGGAUGCCAUGGUGGCCGCCAUGGAGAAGGAGGGCAACGCAGAGCUGCUGGCCAACUUCCAUGCCAUGCUCGAGGCUCUCGGCACGCCGCCGAAGACCUAGCUCCUCCCCUCCCCCCCCCC